AUGAGCGGCAGCCAGAACACGGGACAUGGCGAGCAGGGAGGUGGCUGGCAUCCCCUAAAUACACCAAACGAUUUAUUGGACUGGUUGGAGGCACAUAACCAUGAGGAUGAGGAACGGAAUGAGGAUGAGGAUGAGGAUGAGGAUGACGACGACGAGGAGGAGGAGGAGGAGGACGAGGAGGAGUAUGGAGGUGAGUCUCCACAUGCCGAACGACCGCAAUCUCCACGCUUAUCUGACCGUGCCACAAUUAACGAUGAAGGCGGCGGGAACGGCAUCGAGGUUGAGGUUGUCCUUGAAGAGGUCGUGGAGGAAGGCGAAGAUAACGGAGAGGGCUCCCAUGGUGGCGGGGCGGGACCCGUCGUCGGUGAGCCCCGAACACGGCUCCUUAGGAUAGGCGGCGGUAAGGAGCUGCUCGUUCCGCCAGGCGGCUCUUUGACGCAGCGCGAGUUUCUGGCACUUCUUCGAGGACAGUACAUCAAUCCGACAAUCAUUGAUGACGGCGGCGGGGGGCAACGCUUUGCUUGGAACAUCGGCGGCUUCGAUGGCGCCAAGGCUUUUCCCAAGGUUCCCAGUGACGAAGGCAGGAAGCUGAUGGAGUCCGGCGUAUUUGGUGCCUAUGACAUAAGGGCACGCAGCCGCAGCCGCAAGGUUUUAGCCCGGAGGCUUCUCGACCGAGAGCUGGGCGUGAAUGGCCCGUCAGGUCGAAGGAUCACCCAGGGCCUCAUGGCGCAGUCGAUGAUACCGUCGUCAAAGCCGGAGAUGGUUAUCCACUACGAUGACCCGGUAUGUUGCGGGCAGUUCUCGGACGAUGGCAACUUCUUCUACGCUUGUGUCAAGGAUUUCAAGGUGCGCAUGUACGACACGUCGAAUCCAUAUCAGUGGAAGCACUACAAGACCGUCCGGUACCCCUAUGGCCAGUGGACCAUGACCGAUGCAGACCUCAGCCCAGACAACAAGUGGCUCGCCUUCUCGUCCCUCCAGCCCACCGUGGGCAUCGCAUCUACCGAUCCCAACGACACAGGCGAGCCCUACUCGCUCGAUCUGUCUGGAGACGGUAGCUCUGGCCACCUGGAGUCCAUGUUUGGCGGCUUCGCCAUCUUCUCGGUCCGCUUCUCCGGAGACGGGCGCCACAUCGUGGCCGGCACAGGCCACAAUUCCAUCGUGGUGUACGAUAUCGAGCGCCGCAAGUCGCUGCACAACGUUGUCGGCCACAGUGACGACGUCAACGCCGUCUGCUUCGCCGACAAGUCCUCGCCCCAUAUCCUCUACUCCGGCUCAGACGACUGCACCAUCAAGGUGUGGGAUACCCGCAGCAUGGGCGACGGCAGGGAAGCUGGCGCCUUCGUCGGCCACACGGAGGGUCUGACGUACAUCGACACCAAGGGCGAUGGGCGGUACGUGCUCAGCAACGGCAAGGACCAGAGCAUGAAGCUGUGGGAUUUGAGGAUGGCCAUGUCGACGUCGCGCUUCGAGGAGCUGGACCCGACCGCCGUCACGAGGGAGCGCCAGUAUGAGUACGACUACCGCUGGCAGGAGUACGAGGAUUACCAGUGGUUCCCGCAUCCCCACGACAACUCGCUGGUGACGUUCCGCGGCCACAGGGUGCAGAGGACGUUGAUCAGAUGCCACUUCUCGCCACCCAACAGCACAGACUCUCGCUACGUCUUCUCUGGCAGCCACGACGGCUUUGUCUAUGUGUGGAACCUGGAUGCGACAUUGGCGGCCAAGAUCGACGUGCAGUCCGUCACGAAGGGCGGUCCAACACCCAGGGCGACGAAUCGGAGGCAUCGUCUGCAUUACCGGGACACGCGCGGCUGGGAGGUGCUUGUCCGGGAUGUCGGCUGGCAUCCGAAUGCGCCCAUGUUGGUUGCUUCGUCAUGGAGCGGCCCAGCUAUGGACGGUGGGACCGCUUCGCUGCACGCCUUCAACGAGAAUGAAAGUGACGAGGGCGACCCGGCAAUGGGCCUCAAGGUGAAUGAAAAGUUGAGGCCGCAUCGGUUGUGA